UGGCAUUUGGUAGAAUCAACACGGCACGACCAGAUGAAUACUUAAAUCGCUCCUCAGUUUUUAUAUACCACCCUGACCGAAACAAAUGGAAUUUUUAUACUACUAUGAUGGAGCCACGUGUAGCAUAUCUUCACAGGAGAGUUUACGUGUUUGGUUGGUAUCGAAAACCUUCAUUAAGUUCUCCUCGCGCUUUUUCUGCGGCCACAACGCAAAAUAAAAAAAUUUGGAUUUGGGGCGGUGCUAAUCUGUCAGAAGAAGGACUUCUUUCAAGCAUUGAUUCUAUAGAUGUCUUAGACCCAAAGAAAGGGACAUUAGAACAUCAUAUGAACUUUGAGUUAGCGAAACAUUGUCAUGCAGUUGCUAAAACUGGAGCUCAUGUUUUCAUAGUUGGAGGUAUGAGUAGUGUAGAGGCUUCAGCAAUAGCAGAGACUGAAAUGUAUGAUAGGAAGAGGAAUAUUAUACAACGAUGUUCUCUCUUGCCUGUAGCCUUAACUGGAAUUGCUGUAGCUGCUAUACCAGCCGAUACUGGUGGUGAAUAUUAUGAAGUCCCUACGUCUACACCAUCGUCAAAAGCAAAG